ACGCACUGUCAAAUAAACUAAACAGCUCGGCGUGUUUUGAUUUCAUAACAAGUUCAUUGGUCGGCCGCGGCAGGCAGCAACAAAAUCGACUGAAAUUUUGUGUAAAAACACAUCAGCAUGGCUAACAGUAGGUUGGAAAAAAUCGGAACAAUCAUAACAAGAACGCAAGGGCUCCUCAAGUCCGGUGCCAUGAAGUUUGACGAGCGACCGCUUUGGUAUGAUGUAGUGACCGCUUUCCCGCCCCUUGACGAACCACGGUACGAUCGUCCCGCCCCAAAAGUACCCGUUCGAGAAAUUUUCUACCAAGAAGACAUCGCUCGAGCCAAAUUCCACAAGUCUGGUAAAGCAACAUUCGCAACUAACUUGCUAGACACGAAUAACCUUACGCCGACUCAGCAAUUCAUCGGAAUUUACCAGCAUCUGUCCACACAAGGGGCACUGGACGAGCAGAAAGUGUUCGAAACAGCAAUUGAUCUUUUGGAAGAUAAAAUGCGCCAGCAAAGAGCCGACAAACGACCGGCUGAGAGUGCGACGGUCGAGCAGGUUGAGCUCUCGUCCAAACCUGAGGAUAGUGGCAAAACCGUACAACUGCAAGACAUAUUUAAAGAUUAAUAGUGUAGUGCAUUUAGAAGUGUAAUUCAAUAAAAUGAAACCAUUUUCAGUAGCUGGAA